CUCGCAGAGCGAGCGGCGCCGGCGUCAUGUGACUGCCCGGAGUUGGUGCCAGGAACCAGAGGGGAGCCAGGAGCGGAGCCGCGCGGAGCCGGGGCUGAGCCGGAGCGCAGAGCGAUCGCUCGCCGCACGCGCGCCGGUCCUCGUCCCUGUCCCCUGCGGCCGCCGCCCCACCGGAGCGCUGACAUUACUGCGUUCGCGGGGUUCAAGGAAGCCCGGAUCCGGGCCUUUAUUUCUUAUCUGCUGCGCUUAGCACCACGGUUCGCAAAGCUGAACAGCAGAGCACCUUAGAAAGUUCAACCAAGAGAAUGCUUAUGUUUGACCCAGUCCCUGUUAAGCAGGAGGCCAUGGACCCUGUCUCGGUGUCCUACCCCUCUAAUUACAUGGAGCCCAUGAAGCCCAACAAGUAUGGAGUCAUUUACUCCACACCUUUACCUGAUAAGUUCUUUCAGACCUCAGAAGGCCUAUCACAUGGAAUACAGAUGGAGCCAGUGGACCUCACCGUGAACAAGCGGAGUUCACCACCUUCGGCUGGGCAUUCUCCUUCCUCCCUGAAAUUCCAGUCAUCACAUCGGAGAACCUCACCAGGGUUGAGUGUGCCUUCUUCAAGCCCACCGAUGAAAAAAUACUCGCCCCCUCCAGCCGGAGUGCAGCCCUUCAGUGUGCCGCUGUCCAUGCCUCCCGUGAUGGCUGCUGCGCUCUCCCGGCACGGAAUCCGAAGCCCAGGAAUACUGCCUGUCAUCCAGCCCGUCGUGGUGCAGCCUGUCCCGUUUAUGUACACGAGCCACCUCCAGCAGCCGCUCAUGGUCUCCUUGUCGGAGGAGAUGGACAAUUCAAAUAGCAGCAUGCAAGUACCUGUAAUUGAAUCAUAUGAGAAGCCUAUAUUACAGAAAAAAAUUAAAAUAGAACCUGGGAUUGAACCACAGAGGACAGAUUAUUAUCCUGAAGAAAUGUCACCCCCUUUAAUGAACUCAGUGUCCCCCCCGCAAGCAUUGUUGCAAGAGAAUCACCCUUCGGUCAUAGUACAGCCGGGGAAAAGACCUUUACCUGUGGAGUCUCCAGACACCCAGAGGAAGCGGCGGAUACACAGAUGCGAUUACGACGGAUGCAACAAAGUGUACACUAAGAGCUCUCACUUGAAAGCACACAGACGAACACAUACAGGAGAAAAACCCUACAAAUGUACGUGGGAAGGCUGCACAUGGAAGUUUGCUCGGUCUGAUGAACUCACAAGACAUUUCCGGAAACAUACUGGAAUCAAACCUUUCCAGUGUCCAGACUGUGACCGCAGCUUCUCCCGUUCUGACCAUCUUGCCCUACAUAGGAAACGCCACAUGCUAGUUUGAAUGCCUCCGUCUCCCGCCUCAACGCGACUCCCCACUCUUCUGGCUCUAUCUCUGUCCUCCCUCCCAUUAUCUAACUCAUUUUUUACAUGUACAUUUUAAUUUUGAUUCAGCUGGUCUGAAUCUCUGAAUUUAUAUCAUUCAAAACUUCCAUGUGGUCAAUAGUAGAUGUUCUCUAAUCCUCCCUCUCCUUACCACGGGUCAGACCUAAAGAAUGUGAACACUUUUUUUUUUUUUCCGGGGAUGCUAAGCAAACCCUUCUUACAGAUACGUUUAAUGUACUGAGAACAAGGGAACUUCUAAACUAACAUAAUUAGUUGUCGGUUUCUCCAUGUAUUCCUCAAAAGAAUGUCAAAGUAAAUGUAUUAGAAAUACAGUAUCCAGCCUGCUAGUCCUUGCCAGAGACACUUGUAUCUUUGUGCCCUGUGAUCGCAUUGUGUGCUCGACAGCGAAAAGAAUGGUGGACCCUUUCCAACACUGGUUAACUAGACGUGCGGCAGGAUGUCAAGCUAGUACAGUCAACGCUUCCAUUGUGCUCCACAAAUCUUGCUUGUCAACCCGGAUUUAUCACUGCAUCUAAAGUAAGGAUUUUACCCUCCAUUGUGCCUACAGUUCAUAUGGAGGUCUUUGCCACCUUUAGAAGAUGAGCCAAAGCUGCUGGUUUAGGUGGGUGGUGUGUAUCAGUCCACCCACCUUGACUGGGUGGAUGCUGUGCUUACACAGCAUGGAGUAGGAGGAAAGGAGCAUUGAGCAGGGGAGAAGCAGCAGAGGGGGACAAAGGAGGAAGCCGGCCAUUCCUCCUCAGCUACAGGUUUUCAGUGAGGUUUCAUCAUUGGGUUAGCUGUGCAUUGCAUUCCCAGGGUUUUGCUCUUUAUGCAUACUCAGCUGUGCAAAAUGAUACUGCAGAGCCAGAUACCUAUGGGGUUAUCCAUGCAACCAUCUCCAUUCCUACAGUCUCCUUAAUAUGAAUAACCAAGCAUUGGUAACACAAAAAUGUAAUUACCCAGUAGUAGUAAAAAUCUUUUGGGUAAAGGUAUGGAUGGUCUUUAUUUUACCCAACCUGCUUAUAGCCUUUUUGAAACAGGGAAAUGUUGAGUGGUAAUUUAUUCCCAUAUCGAAUUAAUCACAUAGCUUCUUUACAGAAACUCUUCUAUACGCUAUACGGUAUGAGCUAUAUGGAAGGUGCCAGACUGGCUGUCAUUUGUGUUUGUGAUGCAUAUCAUACAUAAGCAUCUACUAAUGCUUUAGUAGGUUAAUUCGAUUUAUGACCUGAGUGACACCGUUUGUCAGUAUAACUAGUUAUGAAGCACAUGUCUUUAUUUUUGGGACAGAUUUCUGAAAAAUACAGAAAUCCACAGUUCAGGAAUUCAUAUAUAUUGCUCAAAAAUUCUUAAAACGUUUACUGUCAGAGCUGUCAGAAGAACAAAGUGAAAAUAAUAACUCAUGUUUAUGUUGAAGAUAAAUAACACCAUCAUUCUGGGGAAGGUUUUCAAAAGCAGGCUUUUGAGUAGGUACCAUAGUCCAAAUGCCAGGAAAAAUAAUUUAUGCAUAGAAAAGCCAUUGGUCCUAAAUUUGAAGAAAGUGGGCAACAGUGGUCCCAUGUGGGUGCACAUAACCAGAUGUGCCUUCAUCCCUUGAUAAAGGAUGGAGGAGGAGGAGAGAGAAAAAUGGAAUCCUGCAGAUUCAUCCCAGCCACAACUCAGGAUCCAGCACAACUUGACUGGGAGGAAUAGAUUUGUGUAAUCGUUUUUAAAACACCCAGGAAUGAGUGAUUCUGGAGGCCUGUGAAUUGCGUGGGGAGCUUACUUUGAUGGGGCUAUGCUAAAAAAGGGUAGUUGUAGGGACUGCACACCUAAGAUCUCCCUCAUCCAGCCAUGUGAAUCAACUGCAAGUGAAAAGCAAUUUGUUAUCUUGGCACUUGGGUUUGAUUUUCUUUCUUUUUAAGCACUGCAAAAUUUGUUUGGAAUACUAGAGUGGAUCCUAACUCGACUAUUUGUAACUAUGACAUGAAUUUGAGGGAUAAAUGGCUCUUGGAAAAGUAGAUAUUGUGUGUAUCAUAAAUGCUUAGUCACAGUCAUGCCAAAGUGUUCAUUUCUUGAAAUGGUUCUUACACAACACACCGAAGAAUCCAGUAGGAAUGCAAGGAACAUCUUUGUUUUGAUGCAGAUAACCAGUUUAUGUGUGUUCCAACCUGUAUAGAAGGAGGGGAAAAAAAAAAAAAAGGCAAAGGUAGACUUGAUCUUCGAGUUAGCUUUGAGUCUGAGUCCAAGUAAUAGAAAACUUUAUGGGUUCUCAUGAAAUUUAAUGUGUUUGCUAUGGCAUGUUUAAAUUUUGUUCAAAAGAGCAAGCAAGACCUUGCAAAAACUAUCGCAUUACUCUUCAGCUUGCUUGCAUUAUGUUAAGUUCAUUAACAAAGAUCCAUUUUAACUCUGAAAGAAAAGCAACCCAGAGAAGCCAUUCUCUAUUCCCAUGCUGUUCUGUAUACUUUAGUUACCAAUUGGCCCUUACCAAAUUUUCCUUAUAUAUAUAUAUAUUUGUAUUUUACUAUGAUAGUUGAAAAAUUUAGUCUCUUAGUCAUUUUUAGCUGUUAUUGUGGAAGACCUCAGAUACGAAAUAAUCUUAAGAUGCCCUUGAACAUGUGGUUUUAAUGAUGUGCCAUUGUUACUAUCAUCAGUGAUUUUAAUUGCAAUAUUUUAAAUUGGUGAGAAUGAUUUGUAAACAUGAAGUUAGUGUCAUGUAAAGUAUGUUUGUUAUGGAAUUUCUUGGAUUAUUACCCAGGUGUCGUUUUGGGGAAGAAGUCAGAACAAUUAAAUCUGAAUCCAUCAUGUUUUAGAGUUUUAAAAUGUGAAUCUACAUCAAAAAUGGGCAUUAACAUAAAUUGCUUGGUUUGGAGAAUGUGUUAACAGCGUUGCUAUGUUCUUUUAAGGAGAUGCUAAAUACGCAGAAGUUUCAAGAGCCUUGAAACAGAUUUACAGGGGAACUAGAUAUAUAUAUGUGUAUUUUAUUAAACACCCAUCUGCACUAUCAGUAUUGCACUAAUGUGGAAUUUGAAAGACUGUAUUGCUGAUACUGUAUAUCUGCACAUCAUUCCUGAUUAGAUUGUUGUAAAGACAAUCUCAAAGAGCUGUGGUUUGAAAGUAACUUGAUAGGUUUGGAAAUAUACAGUAGUCUUGAAGGAAUUCCUGCCAUACAUGAAGUUGCUGAGAGUUGUCUUUAUUCUCUUCUUGGUCAAGGUUAACAAUUCCUAAAUGAUUGCAAAUUCACUUAAGAAAUAAUACAUUUACAAAGCAAUCUUACAUGCAUUAAAUGAGGGCUACAACAAUAUGUUUUACAAAUAACUAGCACUUUUUUUUUUUUGCUGUUAUGUACUUAGUGUUAGAGGGUCAAAAUAAUCUUUCUGCUUAGCAUCUCUUAAACCAUACCUGCAAGUGUAGCAGGAUUAUUACAUUUACAGUACUUUAAUACUUGUAUAAACUAUGCAGAAAUUUUUAAUAAAGUGUAAUAUAUUUUAUAAGCUAAUAAGACUGAAUGGGUAAAGGUUUUUAGCAUGCAUUAGUAUACUUGCAAAUACUGAAACAUUUUGGUAAUCUUUCUUACUAAAGAUGUGAAUGUUUAAUGUACCUUCUCUGUUUCUACUCUGUAGUCCAAUGGGAAUUCAGUAAUGACAUUUUGUCAUGUCAAACUGUGAACAUAAAUUUGUACUGUACAGUCCUCAUAUACUAUAUACAGUAUGCAAUAUAUGUAUUAUAUACUUGUUAAUAAAACCAUCAGAAUAUUAAA